CGGGCGGUGCUAGUGGCGGGCCGCAGAGCCGGGACGCGUGGAGCCGGUGGCAUGGAGACCCGUGCCGCAGACGGCAGCUUCCUGGGCGACUUGGGUUUCUGGGUGGAGCGCACCCCCGUGCACGAGGCAGCCCAGCGGGGGGAGACCCGGCAGCUGCAGCAGCUGAUCGAGAGUGGGGCCUGCGUCAACCAGGUCAUGGUGGACUCCAUCACGCCCCUGCACGCGGCCAGCCUGCAGGGCCAGGCGCAGUGCGUGCAGCUGCUGCUGGCCGCCGGGGCCCAGGUGGACGCCCGCAACAUCGAUGGCAGCACCCCGCUCUGUGACGCCUGUGCCUCGGGCAGCAUCGAGUGCGUGAAGCUCCUGCUCUCCCACGGGGCCAAGGUCAACCCGCCCCUGUACACGGCAUCCCCGCUGCACGAGGCCUGCAUGAGUGGAAGUUCUGAGUGUGUGAGGCUUCUUAUUGACGUUGGGGCCAACCUGGAAGCGCACGACUGCCACUUUGGGACCCCUCUGCACGUGGCCUGUGCCCGGGAGCAUCUGGACUGCGUCAAAAUGCUGCUCAACGCAGGGGCCAACGUGAAUGCGGCAAAGCUCCACGAGACGGCGCUGCACCAUGCAGCCAAGGUGAAGAACGUGGACCUCAUCGAGAUGCUCAUCCAGUUUGGAGGCAACAUCUAUGCCCGGGACAACCGGGGGCGGAAACCAUCCGACUACACUUGGAGCAGCAGUGCCCCCGCCAAGUGCCUGGAGCACUAUGAGAAGACACCUCUGAGCCUGUCCCAGCUCUGCAGGGUGAGCCUGAGGAGGGCGGCUGGCGUCAGGGGGCUGGAGAAAAUUGCCAGGUUGAACAUCCCUCCCCGGCUCAUUGACUACCUUUCCUACAACUGAGCUGCAGACACGGGGUCAGGGUGGGCCGGUGACACCAGGCUGCUGGCCUUGCUGAGCCCAGCGUUGGGCCACGGGGUCGCUCUGCCCUGGGUGCCUGAAGCCAUGCUGUUGCUGUAGAGGACUGGAGUCCCUCCGGGCCGUCCUGUUUCGUCUUCUCUGCAGACCCUUGGCAGGUGUUUCUGAGGCCCUGGGAAGGCCCUGGGCUGGCCCUCCCGGGACUUCAGUCUAACUCUGGCAUCCUCCCGGCCGUGCAGUUGUCUCUCUUCACAGACCUCCCUCGGAGGGAUCGUCAGGAAAGACUCUCCCAGGAGCACAAGGGAGCCCAGCGGGGCUGGAGGUCCAGGGCCCUGAUGCUGAUUCCACACGCCCGGGAGGUGCCAUCUCUGAUUCCUUCAGCACCAGGUGGCCCUGGGUGUUCAAAAGGAGGACCUGUGCUGAAGAGGGGUGGGCCUCUGGGAGGGGGUUCCUGACUGUGGCCGGGACGCCACUUUGGGGACAGCCUGCCACUUGGGUGCUGUCUUCUGAAGCCACAGUCGGCACUUUCUGAGACCCACCUGCGCCCAGGUGUACCCACCGCUCAGGGGGGCUUUAUACGGGUCUUAGUGGGGAAGCCUCAGGCUUUUUAUUCCCCACAAUAAGCUCAGUGUUUCUUAGGAAGUUUUUCUUUAUUUUGAGGUCUCAAUUCUUUUAAAAAGUGUAUAAAGCAAAAACUUUUAGACACAUACGCUGUAACACUUAGGUUUCGUUAACAAGUCUCUAAAGCAACAGGUAAAAGGAAGGCAUCUCAGCACACCUUCCCAGGGGUAGUGAUCCAAUGUGAAGCACUGUUAGGAAGCUCUUCAGAGAUUGUUUUUCAUCUCUUUCUACAGCUGCCAAAUGAAUCCUUUUCCCACCCUAA